GUCAGAGUUUUAACGUCAUCCACAAACAACAAAACUUCUGAACAUGUCCACUUUCUCCCAGACCAACAUUUGAGUAUGGCAUUACUUGAAUUCACAGCGCCCGGAUCGACAUUCUUCAAACCAUUCCGUUGACAGCACGAAUCCGCAGCUCCACAGGACGCUUGGACCCCGAUAACGGACUACCCUGGAGUUUUAACAACCACAGCCCACUACAGGAGAUGAUAAAAGCGUGUGCGACAGCCUUGCUGCUGUCUCUCUCGCCCCACACACAUGUCGUAGGCUUCGGCACCAUCAACGAGCCCGCCAUCAUCGGCCAGCACUGCGAACAUGAACGCAUCACUAGAGCCGCGUUUGCCUGCCCGCCCAACACCCAGGUCUCCGACGGCCGCUGCUUCGAGGAGCUGAGCCUGCACCAGCUGUCCGGACGCUCGGACAUCUACGUCGGCCAGGGCUCCAAUGGCGCCGUUGGCGCUCCGGAUAUGCUCGACCCCGUCCCGGAGGGCCCGGAGGCGCACUGCGACAACGCGGAUUUCCUCGACGCCCAGCUGUUCGACUUGGGCGUGGAGUAUCCCGUGACGCGCCAGGAGGCCACCAAGCAGCUCCAGGUCUGCGUCAACCACAUGCGCACCCGCAUCGAGGAGGGUCUGGAUGCCGCGGAUCGCAUUGUGGAUGCCGGCGCCCGCAUCAUUGCGCCCGAGGUCGACAUUAGCACGCUGGACUGCAGGUUCUCGUUUCCGGCGCUGCAGAUGCACGUCUUUGCGCGAGCGAAGUGCUCGGCGAUAGAGGGAUUUGGGCGCGCGCUACAUGGCGUCCAGGACUUCUAUGCGCAUAGUAACUGGGCGGAUGACGCGGAGCCGCCGUUUGGACCGAAUAAUCCGCCGGGACUGAAGCGCAGCGAUGCGCCUGUGUUCUUGGAUCUUCGGGGCGAGAACGAUAUCUCGGAGCAGGUUCCACACAACCUCUCGACGGGCUGCUUUGGGGGACUCUUCACAGACGGACCGGUGGGGAAGGCUGGCCACCCGCUGGAGCCGGGUUCUAUUGAUUGCACUGGGCGCAUCACUCAUCAUACCUUGAACAAAGACAAUGGGUUGAUUGACCAGGUCACUGGAAACGUCAGCACCCCAGGCCCGAACACCCCUCGUAGCGACUAUCCUGGUAACUUCCAGCGCGCUGUGUCUGCUGCUAUUGAGGAUUCUCGAAGGCAAUGGCGCCACUUUAGGGAAGCUAUCAGACGAACGUACGGCCCCGAGCGCGGCAACAUUAUGAUCUGCGCUCUUGUUCGCGACAAGCCAGCUACAGAUUGUUACGGACGCCGCGUCGCCAUCCUCCGAGAUGCCAUAAAGACGGCAAGCAGAGUGGCUGAAAUGCAAAUCCCGAUCCACAAGUGGCUACUAGACGAGCUUGCCAACAAGCCGCACGACGAAGGCCCCGGCGAGGGCGUCACCCCCCAAAACUCCACGAAAAGCAGAGGCUCCAGCGACGACCUCCACGACCUCAACCCGGACUUCGACAUCGACUGCGACUCCCCGACAAGCCCCGACAUCGGCGCCGCAAUCACCGAACUCCUUGAACACUCCCACCCCCUCCCGCACAACAAAACCGCCCUCAUCGCCUUAACCUGCGCCCCCGCCGCCACCCUCGCCCAGCAAAUCGCCCACGUGUGGCGCGCCUCCGACGCCGGGAUACGCACACACGUGGGACUCCUCGCACCACACGUGCACCCUCUGCCGCGCACCGCGCUGACCGCGCGCCCCAGCGACGCGGACCUCGCGGCCGCCGUGCUGGCCUCGGGCGGCACGUACAGCGUGCUGCACGACCGCGCCGCGAUCCCCAAUUUCCUGUCCCACGUCGUGUCGCGCGGCCUGACGCCCUACGACAACGCGCCCGACACCGCGACGCUGCUCCCCGCCGGCCUGUCCAUCCGCGACGCCGUCGGCCCCGAUACGCAGCCCCGCCGCUACGCGUUCGAUGCGCGCAGCACGUCCAACGCGGUGGUCGCGGUGGCGCCGCUGACGCCGCGGCUUGCGCUGCGGGUGGUGGUUAGGCAUGUCAGGAGGGGCGUGGUGCUGAGUGAUGUGCUGGUUGGGAGGGGCGGGAAUGCGAGUUUCAGGGCGGAGUUGGAUUUGGACGAUGUGCCGCGGACGGACGCGUGGUUUGAGUUGGAGGUUGGGCCUGUGGAGGGUGGGGUUGGUGCGGGGUUGUUUGAGGUUAGUGUUGAGAUGGAGACGGUUGGGGGGUUUGGGGGUGAUGACGGGGGCCAGGGCGAUGGGCGGGACGGAGCGCUAAGCGGGGGGCAUGAUGAAUUGUAGGCUGGGGGAUUGGGUGGAAUAUGUCUUGCGUGGUGACUGCUGGUGCGUGUAGAGGACACUUCGUCUCUUCAUCUUGCAAUCUCCUUACCGCUGUUGUUUUCCGUGGCUAAGGU